UGUGUCUUUUGUGUCACUUUCACUUCAGGGACAGCAAACAGGUCGCCGUGGUGUAUUUCAGGAACGGUUACAUGCCUGACAACUACACUUCUGAACAGAGCUGGGAUGCUCGUCUUCUGAUGGAGCGCUCUCGAGCUGUGAAGUGUCCAGAUAUCAGCGCUCACCUGGCUGGUACCAAGAAGGUUCAGGAAGUGCUCGCCAGACCUGGAGUCCUGGACAGAUUCUUCCCAGACCAGCCUCAAGCUGUGCAGCAGAUCCGAGCGACAUUCGCUGACCUCUACACUCUAGACAUGGGUCCAGAGAUAUGAAGUCAAAGUUCCACCUGCACCUCCACCUGUUCUUGUAACAGUAUGAACACUGACAGAGAAUCUGCUGAUACUGAGUGGAAUCCAUGUGUCCCUCAACUUUGACAAGAUUCCCAGUACCUCCACUGGCCACAUAGCCCCACA